AGGUCAAGAGGCCCGCCCCAUAUGGCACGCUUUGGAAUCACCUUUCCCCAGGAUUUUUGUCCGAUCGGCUCUGGAGAGCCCUUCUUCGCUUCUCUGCGCUCCUCUCCAUCCUUUGCCAAAGGCCACGUCCAGGCCCUCGAUUCGUUCCUCUCUUCCCUUUUAUUGAUCUCGAAAUCGCCUUUCCCUAUGCCUGGCGUCGUUCGCAGAGCUUGAUUCUCCCCGGUUUGAUCUCGGGCUGCGUCUUCUUUUUUUUUUUGGAGGGGGGUGGUGGUGGUGGGGAUCGGAGGGAUUUCGGUGCUGCUUGCGCGCGAUGAGGAAGAGGGAGAGGGAGAAUCCGUGCGGUGUAUGCGGCCACUACCACAAGUAUGAGGAGGGGGAGGUCUGCGGGGUGUGCGGCCACCGGAUCCCGGCGGCGGAGGAGCGCUCGGUGCAACAGGGCAGCGCCUUCCCCUCAGAGAUCCUUAAAGAUUUCCUCUAUCUAGGGAGCUACGACAACGCGUCCAGGGGGGAGCUCCUCAAGACGCUCGGUAUCUCCCGCAUCCUUAAUACUGUGCCUGCAUGCCAAAAUCUAUAUAAGAAUUCUUUCACAUAUCAUUGCCUCUACAAUGACAAGCUUUUACAAUUUGAUGAUGCAAUUCAAUUUUUAGAGCAAUGUGAAAGGGACAAGGCGCGGGUUCUUGUUCACUGCAUGUCAGGAAAAAAUAGGUCACCAGCUAUUGUAAUAGCCUACUUGAUGAAAAGCAAAGGAUGGCGAUUUGCGCCAAGUUAUCAGUGGGUUAAACAUCGUAGACCUCUGGUGGAGUUGUCCCAAGCUGUCCAUCAACAAUUGCUGGAGUACGAGCAGAAAAUAUUUGGAUCCAAUGAGCCUGUGCCAGUCCAGCCUCUCUUCCUAUCAGAUUCAACUCCUUGUUUCGGGUCUGGGUAUCCCAGGACAAUCGGUAAUUCUCCAGUUCCGGUGUUCGAUCAGCCGGCCAUGCCAUCCAUCUUUGAACGCAUAAGUCCAAACACCACCCCUAGUAAUUUUGUCUUUGGAGCUGGGGGGAAUACAGAGCAGAAAAUCGUGGAAAGCAGUGCUUUAAAUGUCAUCCCUCCAACUGGGAGUGAAACCCCCAUGGACAGCUCGUAGGACUUCAUACAUCCUGUGUUGCCUGACAGGAAAAGUUGUAGGUGGAGGUCUUACCUCACAUCUGAAGCAUGGAUAUGAAGUAAAAUACUUUGCGUUCCUCAAGGUUUUGGUCCAGAAUGUACUUUUUGAUAAAAUCGAGCAGGGUUGAUAUCACGCCUUUUUCUUUUGUAAUUUGUGGAAUCAUAUCAUAGAACUGUAACUCGACUGUAAUGCUCCAAUUAACUCCUUGUCUAUAUUAAUGUUCAUCACUCGGGAAUUUUUAUUCAUUCA